AUGAUAGUUUUUGCUGGUGGCGGUGGUGGACGUGCUGCUGCCGUUGCUGCUGCUGGUUAUGAUGAUGAUGAUGAUGAUGAUGAUGAUGAUGAUGAUGAUGAGAUGGUGAUGAUGAUGAUGAUGAUGGUGAUGAUGAUGAUGGUGAUGAUGAUGAUGAUGGUGAUGAUGAUGACGGGAUGA